AGAUCUACCGUAGCAUUAAAACCCCAUAACCAAAAUGCAAUUCGAUUGACUCUCAUCGUAUUCCCUUUAAUUCUCCCCAUUUUUUUUCCCAAAAUCACAUUCAAAUUCUUUUUGGAGAGAAGGAAGUGUAGAGAAAGAGAUUUUGGCGCGUAAAUCGCUAUGCCGAUGUGGAAUUCGGUAGCUAAUUUAAAGGAAAGUCUGAGUAAAAUCGCACUCGACGUCCACGACGAGGACGACGAAGAGCUAUCGAUCUAUACUUCUCCCCCGCGCGAUCAAUUUGACAAUGGAAAUUCAGUCUCGGAGCGGAGAACUUCUCGCAAUUUUACUCGUUCGAGUACGCGGACGCAUUCGCCAAUCGGCAAUGGUUUUGAUUCUUCUUUGAAUCAUGAGAUUGAACAAUACAAAACUCAGAUUAAGAGACUUCAGGAAUCUGAGGCUGAAAUAAAGGCACUAUCAGUUAAUUAUGCAGCUUUAUUGAAGGAAAAAGAGGAUCAGAUUUCAAGGUUGACUGAAGAAAAUGGCUCAUUGAAGCAAAAUCUUCUUACUACAAAUGCUGCUCUUAGUGCUUUUAAAACUGUUCCCAAGGGGACGGGUGAUAUUUCACCCAAUCGGCACAAUAAAGCUGCAACAAGAAUCCGUACUUCUGGAAGCUCAUUCACCAAUGGUGUACCCAAAUAUGAUGGGUUAAACAAUGGAACGUCUUUAGCCAAUUCAAAUGAGCUCUCAGAUACAAUUGAAGACAAAAGCAGAUCCCAUGCAGCGAUGCAAGCAACUCAUGAAGCACAAAUGAAGCAAAUGGCAGUCGAACUUGAUAAAGAACGUAGCAAAUCAGCAAGUACACAGAUAAGGUUACAAGAGGAGCAGAAGUUGAAUGGAUUAUUGCAGCGAGAGUUGAGCUCACUAAAGGAUGACAACAAUAAAAUGUUAAAUGAAAUGCACAAAACACAUGAUGAGCUAAAUCAGAGGAUAUCAGAGAUCGGGAAAUUGCAAAUGGAGUUACAGGGGAAAAACAGGGAAGAAACAGAUGGCACUGUGGGGAGAUUGAAAGAAGUUAUUAGUACUUUGGAGGACGAAAAUAGGAACAUUAAGAAAGAAAAAGAUGAAUUUGAGGCUGCCUUAAAAGCAAUUCAUUCUUCUCCAGUUCGUAAAGACAUACCUGGUGAUCUUGAUCCUUCAAAUAAGCAUUCGAGUAGCACUGUUGAGGCAUUGGCAGAGAACCAGGAAAUGCAGCAAUCUCUACGUAAGCUAGAGAAAGAUUUACAGGAAACAUGCAAAGAACGGGACAAAGCAUUGCAAGAAUUGAAUCGUCUCAAACAGCAUUUAUUGGAAAAGGAAUCUGAAGAAUCAGAGAAAAUGGAUGAGGACAGUAAGAUCAUUGAUGAUCUGCGAGAAAUCAAUGAACAUCAAAGAGUUCAGAUAUCACAUCUGGAGAAAGCUCUUAAGCAGGCAAUUGGAGGUCAGGAAGAAAUAAAAAUGUCCAACAACAAUGAACUUAAGAAGGCUAAAGAAACUAUAGAUGAGCUCAAUAGAAAAUUGGCUGGUUGUAUGACUACAAUAGAUGCCAAGAAUAUGGAAGUUCUUAAUCUGCAAACUGCACUUGGCCAGUAUUAUGCGGAAAUUGAAGCUAAGGAACGCCUUUGCGAAGAAUUAUCAGUUGCAAAAGAAGAAUCGGCUAGACUUUCCAAACAGUUGAAGGAAGCGCACCAAGAAGCAGAAGCAUCAAAGAGGGAAAAGGAGGAAAUUUUAGGGAAGCUGUCACAAGCUGAACGGAUGCUUGCUGAAGGAAAGAAUAGAGUUAAGAAACUUGAGGAAGACAACGAAAAACUGCGCCGUGCUCUUGAGCAAAGCAUGACGAGGCUAAACAGGAUGUCUGUGGACUCAGAUUUUCUCGUGGACAGGCGCAUUGUGAUCAAAUUAUUGGUGACGUACUUCCAGAGAAACCACAGCAAAGAGGUUCUUGAUCUGAUGGUUCGUAUGCUGGGGUUCUCUGACGAAGACAAGCAAAGGAUAGGCCUUGCCCAACAGGGGGCGGGGAAAGGUGUAGUUCGGGGAGUGUUAGGUCUUCCAGGUCGACUAGUUGGAGGCAUCUUGAGAGGUGGUUCAGCUGAAACUCAUACGACUAUGGCAUCUGACAACCAGUCAAUCGCAGAUCUAUGGGUGGACUUUCUUCUUAACGAGACCGAACGAGAAAAGAGAGAAUCUGCCAGUGCCGCCAGUAGCUCCAGUCCAGAUUAUAGCACCACAGGAACUGCUUCACCUCUGCCAGAUCAUAGAGGGAACACAGCUGCUGUGUCAGAUUUCAGGAGACCCAGCCUUUACCUCAAUGAAAACACAACGCUGUCACCCUCUCGUGGAACCUUCUUGCAACAUGAACAUUCAGAUUCAGAGUUUUCUACAGUGCCUCUCCUCGUCUGAAAGCAAUUCUCAAAGUUCAAGACUACUUCCAAGAUACUGAUUGUUUACAUGAUCAUGACUGUAAAUACAAGUACAGAUUUUGAGGUACCUUAAAUAUGAUCAAUACCUUGUGUUCUUUCAAUUCUUUGUACGGUGGUUGAAUGAAAGAGAAGCCCUGUCUGAGCUACAUCCACAGGUGUUGUAUAUCUCCGUGGUUCCAUGACUGAGCCCACAUUUGGUUGUAACUUGCCGGAGGCAGAAAGUAAAUAGGUUCAGCUA